AUGAAUAUGGAGUCCGAUACAGACAUGGAUUCACCUGCUGAAUAUGCAGGGAAGAGCUUAGAUCAGAAGACCAAGGAUCUUGAUUCUGAUUCAGUUGAGCGCCCAGUUUCCAUUACGAGGCGUCUGUGCUCCGGUCUGCUGGGUCUGAUUGUGCUGCUGCUGGGGGUCGCUCUGGUGGUCGGACAUGCUGCAGGCCUUAUUAAGCAGGAGCCACAUGUGUUCAUGCUGGUGCUGAUUGGGGUCUGCAUGCUCUGGAUGCUGUGGUACCUGCUGUGGGUUCGGACACGGCCCAGCUUCUCACCACCCAGGGAUCACUACGCUGUGAAAGCCCAUGUCACCAGAACUGAAAAUGCGACUUGCCAUUGCACAGGGAGCGCAGCCUGCACCGUCUUCAAGAAAGUCUUUGAAGUCCUUAAUCCCUUCAUCAAGGAGUAUCAUGUGAUGGCAAGCAGCAUGAUCUACAUUAUGUGGACGAAUGUUGGCCGCAAGAUGAAUCCAGGUGACCACAACACCCCUUAUAAGCUGACUGCUCACCGGUUGUCUGACUGCAGGAUCUUUUGCAGCCGCGUAUUUGGGGGCCUGGUCCUCCUGGUGGGAGCCACUUUCUUCAUUCUCUACCAGAUCUUCGAGGGUAUGCCCAACCUAAGCUCCAUCGCUAUCCUCCUAUUCUACAGCUACCACAUAGCCACCCUACCCCUCAUGUUUCUGUACAGCCUGGCUGGGAUGCUUUUUCACAGACGGGAACGCAGGGUGAGGAAAGGAAAGUGCACCUGCAACUGGACUUGCAGCAAGAAUGUGCUCCUCCUGCUGGGAGCAUCUCUCGGUCAGCUCACCCUGUCCUGCUCUUCUCUGCUGACGGCCUUCUCUGUGGGGAUUGAAGAGGUUGAGGAGGGCCUGGACUUGUCCUACUCCAUCCUCAGCCUGCUGGAAAUCAUCCUGCAGAAUAUCUUCAUCCUCGUAGGACUUCACAAACAUCCGAGUCACCUCACCAAGAAGAAAAAGAAGAAGCGGAGCAAGGAAAAGAAGCAGAAGAAGGAUGACAGGAUACAAGAAAAGAAGAAAAAAGAGAUGUCACUGCUGGAGGAAAAGACACCAGCUUCUGCCAAAGAGCAUGAUGGGAAAACACCCUUGAAGAAAAAGGCGCUUAAAGAAAUCUACACUUUCCUCAUCAUCUCUAAUGUCAUGCUGUGGGUCAUCCCAGAGUUCGGGGUCCACCCCCAGUUUGAGAACGGCAUUGGAAGACAGUAUUUUGGCAUUCUCAUCUGGUUUGUUCUAGUGAUUCUGUGCCAACCGCUCAGCCUUUUCUACAGGAUGCACUCAACAGGCCUUCUGACCGAAAUACUCCACACUGUGAGAUGGGAAACGAAGAAUAUGUGA